UAAGCCACGGCCUCCCUGUGGAUGCAGCAGGACCAGGGUAGACGGGAGUGCGCGGGACGGAGGGACGCUGCUCUGGGACUGGAGCAGGUUGGUGACUCGCCUCAGGGCCAGGUGGAUGGGGAGGGGCCACAGGGGAUGCACCCAGGUCUGUGAUCUGAGGGUGACCUUGCCCUUCCAGACAGAGUGGGGGCGGGCUCAGCAGGACCGGAUGCACAGUGUUGGGCUGGGGAGGAGGUCUGGCCCCCCAGGGUCACGGGUGGAGGAAGGAAGGCGCUGCGGAGGAGUCCUCUUCACAGCCUUGAAUUCUGUGGGGAGGGGAGGGGCCUGGCUUGGGACCUGGGGUGCCCGGAUAACCUGUGCACCAUCCUCUAGCCCAUCUGCAGCCCCGAGGACCCCCUUGGGCUCCACUGCCCUGGGUGUGUCUGGGCCGGGGCUGGCCGGAGGCCUGAGAUCCUGCAGUACGUUCCCCUCUGCUCUGUCGGCAGAGGCCCAGAGGCAGCCCCCCAGGACCCAACCCCACUUUGGGGCUCCCCCCACCUCACUGAGAGGCCAGCUCUGGAACCAGGGGGCUGGUUGUCCUGGGUGGCCGGUCCUCAGCCAGGACACGCCCCUCCUGGGGCCAGCAGGGGGAGCGGCACAGCUGGGGUCCUGCUCCAGCAGGGGUCCCGGUCCCAGCUCUGAUGCCACUCAGGGCUGUGGGCAGGGCCGCCCCCCACCUGGCCUUGGUUUCCUCCCCAGACCCCUUGGCCCUGACAGUGGCCACCCCAGGCUGGUCUAAUGACAAGUGAGUGACCAGGGCAGCAGCCAGGCCCCGAGCUGGCCUAGCUGGCCUGUGGAGGAGGUCCCAAGGGCGGGAUGCAGAGGGCGCGGGUGGGCAGACGGAGGGCAGCUGACCUCCCGAUCCAGGAAGCUCCCCCAGGCCUGUGGGAUGCUGGUCCCUGGGGACAGGAGGGCAAGUGGCUGGAGGCCUCCGGGUAUGGGCUCGGCCCCAGGCCUACACAGGCGCAGACAAAGAAGCUCUGGCUUCGAGGUCAGGAGGGGACAGAGGGACAGACGGACAGAUGGCUGAGUGGCCUCUCCUCCUCCCGCAGGCCACACACCAUGAGCAUCCAUGUGUGCCCCCGCCUCGGGGUCGGCCUCUGGCUGUGGCUGGGUGUCACCCUGGGACUCGGCCAGGGACAAGCAAGCGGCCGCCUGAGGCUGGCGGUGCUGCCUGAGGACCGGCUGCAGAUGAAGUGGAGGGAGUCGGAGGGGAGCAGUCUCGGCUACCUGGUGCAGGUGAAGCCCAGGGCAGGGGACCUGGAGCAGGAGGUGAUGCUGACUACCAAGACCCCCAAGGCCACGGUGGGGGGCCUGAGCCCCUCCAAAGGGUACACCUUGCAGAUCUUCGAGCUCACGGGCUCAGGGAAUGUCCUGCUGGCUCGGAGGGAGUUUGUGAUCAAAGAUUUGAAGAGUAGCUCUGCGAGCAGGAGCAGCCGGAGGCCACUGGGGGCAGCCCUGCAGCCCAGCCCCUCCCACGAGGGGAGCCCAGACCUCGAGCCCCCAGUGGCCUUGGCCCCAAGCCAAGACCUGCCCACGCCUGCCGGACCCCAGUUCCGCUGCACGUCCCCCACACCCGUGGACAUGAUCUUCCUGGUGGAUGGAUCCUGGAGUAUUGGUCACAGUCACUUCCAGCAGGUCAAAGACUUCCUGGCCAGCAUCAUUGAGCCCUUUGAAAUUGGGCCAGACAAAGUCCAAGUAGGCCUGACUCAGUACAGCGGGGACCCCCAGACCGAGUGGGACCUGAAUGCCUUUCACACCAAGGAGGAGGUGCUGGCCGCCGUGCGUGGCCUCCAGUACAGAGGGGGAAACACGUUCACAGGCCUGGCCCUGACCCACGUGCUGGAACAGAACCUGAAGCCCGUGGCGGGUCUCCGUCCGGAGGCGGCCAAGCUGGUGAUUCUGGUGACGGACGGCAAGUCCCAGGACGAUGCCCGCACUGCUGGCCACAUGCUCAAGGGUCUAGGCGUUGACGUCUUUGCUGUGGGCGUGAAGAACGCCGACGAUGCGGAGCUGAGGCUCCUGGCGUCCCAGCCCCUGGACGUCACCGUGCACAGCGUGCAGGACUUCCCCCAGCUCGGCUCGCUGGCCGGCCUGCUCAGCCGCCUCGUCUGCCAGAAGGUGCAGGGCAGGCGCCCGCGCAGCGGCCCCGUUACACCGGCCGCAGCCGCUCCGGCCCUGGACCCCCUUUCCGCUCCCACCGGCCUGGUCCUGACCCGGGUGACCUCCUCCAGCAUCCACCUGUCCUGGACCCCAGCCCCGCGGCCACCCCUCAAGUACCUGAUCGUGUUGCGGCCUUCUAAGGGUGGCGCCCCCAGGGAGGUGGUGGUGGAGGGGCCCGCCUCGUCGGCAGAGCUGCACAACCUGACCUCCAGCACGGAGUACCUGGUCUCCGUGUUCCCCGUCUACAAGGCCGGCGUCGGUGAGGGCCUGCAGGGCCCGGUGACCACAGCGCCCCUGCCCCCACCCCAGGCGCUGACCUUGGCCGCAGUGAUGCCCAGAGCCAUCCACCUCACCUGGCAGCCGUCGGCAGGGGCCACCCGGUACCUGGUGCAGUGCUCGCCCACCUCCCCCGAGGGCAAGGAGGAGGGGAGAGAGGUGCGGGUGGGGCAGCCCGAGGCGCUGCUGGAUGGGCUGGCCCCGGGCAGGGACUACGAGGUGUGGGUGCGGAGCCUGCGAGGGGCAGAGACCAGCGAGGCCCAGAGCAUCCGCGCCAGGACCCCCGCCCUGGCCCCCCCCAGACACCUGAGCUUCUCGGACGUGAGCCAUGACUCGGCCCGAGUGUCCUGGGAGGGCACCGCGAGGCCUGUGCACCUGUUCAGGGUCAGCUACGUCUCGAGCAAGGGCGGCCACUCAGGACAGACGGAGGCUCCUGGGAGCGCCACCUCGGUCACUCUGGGCCCCCUCUCGUCUUCCACCGCCUACACGGUCCGCGUCACCUGCCUCUACCCUGGGGGCAGCUCCUCCACGCUGACUGGCCGCCUGACCACACGGAAAGUCCCCAGCCCGAGCCAGCUGUCAGUGACAGAGCUGCCUGGGGACAAAGUCCAGCUGGAGUGGGCGGCCGCAGCGGCGUCUGGCGUUCUUGUCUACCAGAUCACGUGGACGCCCCUGGGAGAGGGGAAGGCCCAUAAGAUCUCUGUCCCGGGGAACCUGGGCACGGCCGUCCUGCCCGGCCUGGGGAGGCACUCGGAGUAUGAGAUCACCAUCCUGGCCUACUACAGGGAUGGGGCCCGCAGUGACCCCGUGUCCCUCCGCUACACCCCCCGUAGCCCACCCUCCAACCUGGCCCUGGCCUCGGAGUCGCCUGACAGCCUGCGGGUCAGCUGGACACCCCCGAGUGGCCGUGUCCUCCACUACCAGCUCUCCUACGCACUGGCCUCAGGCUCGGGACCCGAGAAGUCGAUCUCCAUUCCAGGACCCAGAAGCCACGUGACUCUCCCUGACCUGCUGGCGGCCACCAAGUACCGGGUCCUAGUCUCAGCCGUCUACGGAGCAGGGAAGAGUGUGGCAGUGUCUGCCACGGGCCAGACGGCAGCCUGCCCGGCCCUCCACCCGGAUGGCUCCCUCCCAGGCUUUGACCUGAUGGCAGCCUUCGGGCUGGUGGAGAAGGAAUACGCCUCCAUGCGUGGCGUGGCCAUGGAGCCCUCGGCCUUUGGCCCCAUCAGGACCUUCACGCUCCUCAAGGAUGCUCAGCUGACCCGCCGGGCCAGCGACAUCCACCUGGCCACCCUCCCCACGGAACACACAGUCGUCUUCCUCCUGCGCCUGCUCCCCGAGACGCCCCGUGAGGUCUUCGCGCUGUGGCAAGUGGCGGCCGAAGACUUCCGGCCAGUCCUGGGGGUCCUGCUGGACGCCAGCAGAAAGUCGCUGACCUACUUCAGCCGUGACCCCAGCGCCACCCUGCAGGAGGCCACCUUCGACCUGCCCGAAGUGAGGAGGAUAUUCUUUGGGAGCUUCCACAAGGUGCACAUAGCCGUGGGCCGCUCCAAGGUCAGGCUCUACGUGGACUGCCGGAAGGUGGCUGAGAAACCCACUGGGGAGGCCGGCAGCCUGCCCACCACCGGCUUCGUCACACUGGGGAGACUGGCCAAGGCCCGGGGCCCCCGGAGCAGCUCAGCCUCGUUCCAGCUCCAGAUGCUACAGAUUGUGUGCAGUGACUCCUGGGCAGAGGAGGACAGGUGCUGCGAGCUCCCGGCUUCGAAGGAUGGAGAGACCUGCCCUGCCUUCCCUUCUGCCUGUGCAUGUUCCUCGCAGACCCCUGGGCCCCCGGGCCCCCAAGGACCUCCCGGCCACCCUGGGAGGGAUGGAGCCCCAGGAGAGCAGGGCUUCCCAGGGCCCAGGGGUCCACCAGGGGUCAAAGGAGAGAAGGGGGACCACGGACACCCCGGCUUGCAGGGCCACCCCGGCCUCCAGGGCACCCCUGGGAAGGUUGGCGUCCAGGGACCAAAGGUGGGAGAGGAGCCUGGCCGGGAGGGUCUGGAGAUGGAGGCUGUGGUGGGACUUCCUUCUCUGCCCCACACCCACCUCCCCCCCUAUCCUGCCCCCGCCAGGGCCUGGCUGGUGGGAGGGGAGUGUCAGCCCACACAGACUGCCCGGGGCGGGGGCAGGCCCUGGGAUGGACCAGCCUCAGCCCGGCACAAGCACGUACCCCCAACAGUGGUGGGUUUUGGGGGUCACUGUGGGAGGGGCACCUGCCUCUGCCCCGCCCACCCCUUCCUUUGCCCUCAGGGAAUGAGAGGCCUGGAGGGGACUGCUGGCCUGCCCGGACCCCCUGGCCCUAGGGGCUUCCAGGGCACGGCGGGGGCCAGAGGCAGCAUCGGGGAGCGAGGACCCCCGGGGCCUGUGGGGCCCACGGGGCUGCCGGGGCCCAAGGGGGAGCGAGGAGAGAAGGGCGAGCCACAGUCCUUGGCCACCAUCUACCAGCUCGUGGGCCAGGCCUGUGAGUCCGCCAUCCAGAUGCACCUGCUGAAGCUCCACGCCUGUACCCACGAGAGCACCCGGCCCCCCAUGCCCAUCUUGGAGGCCCCCAGGGCCUUUGGCACGCACAGAGAGGCCCGGCUCCCUGGAGAAGGGGGGCACGGUGGCCCCCGCCCAGAGGACAGAGGACGGUCGCCCUGCUGCCCCGAGUGAGCCCGAACGUCCCCCCACCGGAUCCCGGACACCGAGCGCAGCUGGAGAAGAGGGUCUGGAGGCGGAAGGAGGGGAGGCAGAAGCCGGGCCCAGGAACCGUUCCUCUGGGCGCUUCCUGUUCAGAUAAACCACGUGUA